CUUUUUCUGUGAAGCGACAGUUUUACUAUAAAUGUUGACUGGAAGCGAAACCCGCCAGAGAGAAGCUAGAGCGACACCCCUGGUGGAGAGGACAGUUAACUGAGGGUUUCUCAGAAACGGUGUUCACUUUAAAACGAAAGCGAAACGGAUGUGUGUUGGUGUAGUGUACGGUCCUGAACGUUUAUUUAGCUCCUUACCGAUCACCAGCGGACAGAUGAUCAAACCUUCAAGGAGAGAGAGGAUGUGAAAGACGAUGUGGAUAUACUAUACCGUUGGAUUACCGCGUCUUCUCUCUACUAGUUUGGACGUUUAUUGAUGAUCAAGAACAGGAUUAAUACAGCUGUGAUUAAAAACGGAUUCUGCUUCGGAAAAUAUAAAAAGUGCAUCAGAAAAAAAGGACAUUGCACUCGUUUUGCAAAACGGAUGCCAGGGAGCUGUGUAGCGAUGGGAGAGGGUUGGGACCGCUCUCCCCUGUAGGAUGGUCGCUCACAGCGCUGUGGAAGAACAAGACACAACAACAAAAGCACCAUCAUCAUCACCUUCUAGACCUCUUGGCGCCUCCUCCACCUUCUCCUCGACUCCACACUCGGACCACCACGCAACCUCACCACCAUCAUCAUCGUCAUCAUCAGUCUCCCAGUCGCACUGUCAGCGCCCAUCCAACCAGUGUGUGGCGUCCCCUAUCCCAGGACCAGACCUGUUAGACCACCAGCCCCCUCUUCCCCUCCUGGACCCAGUGCCCACCCACUUUCCUCUGUUCUCCUGCAAGGUAGACUUCCUGUUGAUCACCCGGACGGCCGCCAUGUUGGAACGUUCCGGCUUCUACUGGGGCCCGCUAGGAGUGGAGGAGGCUCACAGUCGACUGAAGGACGUUGCCACGGGAACGUUCUUGAUCCGGGACAGUCGUCAGAAAGACGUCUUCUUCACGCUGUCCUAUCGCGCGGCCAGCGGCCCGGUCAGCGUACGCAUCGUCUAUAAGGGACAGCGGUUCAGCCUGGCAGGAAGUGAGCACUCUUUCCCCUGCCUCUUCCUCCUGCUCGAACACUACAUUAAUUCCUCUAAGAAAAGCCUGAGCGUUCCGUACAGGAAGCAGCGCCCUACGCUCCAGGAACUGUGCAGGAAACGCCUCGUGGAGUCGUGCGGCGGCGAGGCGGAACGGGUCGCCAGGGUCCCCGUCAACCCAGUCCUAAAAAACUUCCUGUUAGAGUUCCCGUACAGGAUAUGAUGUCACAGGGGAUGCCUUUGAGGCGGGACUUGAUUUGGAUCGGGUCGGACCUGAAGAACUAGAGACCGGGUCGUGGUUAGAAACGAGGUCAGAGUUCAAAACCGAAACCCUAUUCUCUAAAUGGUGCACUACUUGACAGGGUCAUAGGUCACACUUGGUCUGGGUUUGGGUUGAUCCGGUUUGGUGGUGGUCCCUGGAGGAUUUUAAGGGACCGUAUAUAUGUGGACAACGACAGGUUACGGAGCGACUGCAUUAAAGAACCACCACCAGGGUUCUGGUUGUGUUCUGAUCCGGGUCGCUGACCGCGUGAGGUGGACGGUUUGGUUAGUGGACUGGUUCUGCCGUUGUAGGCAGGGCUGGGUUCGCUGUAGCAAGACAACUGAAGCACAGCAUCAAUACUUUACAAUGUUUACAAUGUUGUUUACAAUCUUUACAACGACCAGGAAUGUUUACGCUACACAAUAUUACAGUACUGUAUGUAUAACUGUGUACUAUGUAGUACUAAUGGGUAUAACUGUGUACUCUCUGGUACUAACAGGUAUAACUGUGUACUAUGUAGUACUAAUAGGUAUAACUGUGUACUCUCUGGUACUAACAGGUAUAACGGUAUACUCUCUGGUACUAACGGGUAUAACUGUGUACUCUCUAGUACUAAUGAGUAUAACUGUGUACUAUGUAGUACUGGCGGGUAUAACUGUGUACUCUCUGGUACUAACAGGUAUGAGUAUAACUGUGUACUCUCUUGUACUAACAGGUAUAACUGUGUACUAUGUAGUACUAAUGAGUAUAACUGUGUACUAUGUAGUACUAAUGAGUAUAACUGUGUACUAUGCAUCAUAUCUGCUGUGCAGACUACCUCUAGGGGUGUUUUAAUGGAUAAUAAAUAUGACGUAUAUAUUUCA